AUGGGAAACUGUCUGAAAUCACCCACCUCGGAUGAUAUUUCUCUGCUACAUGAAUCCCAGUCGGACCGGGCCAGCUACGGAGACGGUACGGACCCCGACCAGGAGCCACCACCCCCCUAUCAGGUACUUUAGCCCAAAGUGUUGAAGCCAAAUAUCACCAGCUGAGCAGCAUUUUUGUGGAGUUAUUUCAAUCACCAUGUCAUUUUAAAGUGCCGGUCUAGUGGUAGACAGAAAGUGAGAAUACACCAGAAAGAAUAAACAUAAUUUGGGUCUGGAUCAGCGUUUGGAUCCAAUAACUUGUUAGGCCAGGAACCUUAGCCCACUGACCCCUUCAUGCCUUGCACUAAUCCUCUCUGUUGUCUAAAGAGCCUGUCUCCAGUCAUACAGUCUAUAGUCAAGCAAAGGGUUGUGGUUCAUGUCCUGUCAUACAUUUAAACUGUAUAAUUCAGUAUACUUGACAUUAGCUUACUUGUAUAGUAAGGAAGGAGUUUUGGGAAAAGGAGUGACAGGCACAGCCCUCCUUCCUGCCUCUUUUUUAAUUCAACAAUAUUUUUUAUUAGUUUUAUACAGAUAUACACAGGAAACACAUUACAAACACCCCCUUUCCCUCAAAACCCCAUCUACAGCUGGAUAUUCCUAUUAUUUUGUUUAAAUAACAAAUUCUGGAGCUAUAACAAAAAAUAAAAAAUUAUAUGAAUAAGUACAUAAAUCAAAUAAAAAAUACAAGUAAGUGCUGGAAUUCGGGUUUUAUAGAUCUUGAAAUAAAUAAGAUGUUGAGAAAUAAAAAGUAAAAAGAGAAUAAGUUAAAUGAACUACUGUGCAUCAAGAGAAAUACAUAUGUAGACAAGUUGCUAAAUAAUGAAAAAGUCCAUAAAAGAGAUAAGAAUUUGAGUUGUAUGAUUUCAAAAAGAAAACAACUAGAAGAGGAGAGUGCUAAUUCAAAAUGAUGAAAGUUUCUGAAUGUGGUCUAGUAAAGGUCCCCAGAUCUUUUCCUGUCAUUGCCUGAAACCGAGUAACGAAUCUUCUCAAGGUCUAAGCAAGACAUAAGGUCUUUCAGCUACUGACUGUCCUUCCUGCCUCUUGAAGUGACCCCCCUACCUGGCCAGAAGCUUUGUACCAGCCCUGUUCCCAUAAAAAGAUCAAAUACAAACAGACCAAGCCAAAUUGCAGCUGUAAAUAUUAUCAGGAUAUUGUCUUUCUCUUGUUUUUCAGUUAACACGCUGCUGUCUGGCAUGCGUUAUGUAAGGCUUUGGCACAGGGUUUGCAUGUUACUGGGUUAAGCCAGGCCUUAUCUGUAGAUUUAAGAUAAGUGUUUUUAAAGCAUGGGAAAGUAAAGGACAAAAUAGGUCAUUACAUAAUGAGAGCUGUUGUUUUAAAAAAGACACUUAAUUCUGUGUUUUUCAUUCAAAACUGUAAGCAAGGCUGUCCUUUCUUGUUUUCUGUAGUAUUUAUAACAGGGUUGGAAACAUUAAGAGAAGUUUUCAAUUUUGAGAUCAGUCAGUUUGAUGUUUUCUGCCAUUUCAGAAGCAAAUUUUGUUAUAACUUGUUGUGUUAUUGGAUUCAUAAAUGCUAGCUUUUUUCAUUAUAUAUAGCAAUAGAGAGAUUAUGAAGUCUGAUGAUAGACUUUAGAUUAUAAACUAUAGAUUAUAAAGUCCCUUUGGUGUUAUUGACUGAAAACAUUGAUAAAUCUUUUUAUUUUUAUUUUUUUGAAAAUUUAUUUAUUUACAUUUAUAAAAGAAUAUGCACCUUUACGAACUCAUUUUAUUGCCUUGGGUGAAGGGGCAUGUCCAGAUAUUUGGUGUUGGGGUAGCCAUACUGGGGCACUGAUUUAGGCAGGGUCGGCUUGGGUGUUAUUGUCAUUACCACCUACUUAAGCAACAAUAAUUUAAGUUUCAUACAAAUGUUAUAUUCUUGUGUGUCAUAUUUUACUUUAAAAUGCACAUGCACAGUAGAGUUGUGACGCGUACUUCCCCUCUGCUUAAUUCUGUAAGGACUUAAAAAGAGGAUGUUUUUCUGAAAUCACAGUUGACAAAUGGCAACAACAAGAGAAAAAGUCUCAGCCUUCAAACACAACCCAAACUGUCAUUUUUAUAAACAUAGCUGAAGGUUUAGGGGGAGCAGCUGGGAUGGCCAAUCAGAUGUUAUAGAGGGCCAGUGCCACCCGUCUGGAAGCACCUGAUUGGAUUAAUUGUAUUUUUUGAUAUAACUAUUAUUAUCAUAAUUGUGUUCUUAUCAUUGCCUUAGAUUUAUCUAAUUGCUCGUCUAUCAUUUAUGUAAGAUUUAAAUUUUUAAGCGUAACUUUAUGUCAUUUACUGAAUAACCAUGAUCUACCUAUUAAAAACCUGUGUGCUUGGCCCUCAGAACAGGAUUAGCCCCAGUGAGUGCCUCUACUGUAUUUAAGCAAAUAUUCAGGUCACAGAGGUAAGCAUUAGUUUCCCUAAAGAGUAUUAUCCGCCUGUUUAAAAACUGUCAUGGAAAAAAACAGAACAAAACAUGAACCCUGCACCAAAAAUAUCACAAAAAAAUAAGGGACUCCUCCAAAAGAAAGUACAUUAAAAAUCAUUAUAGCCACAAAACAGUAAGACCUGUGAUCUUAAUACAUGCUUAUACAGAGGAUCAACAAACUGGGGCAAGUUCAUUUUAUGCAACAUUAAAACGUUCCUGUAACGUCACACAGUUAACUAUUUCACGUUCCUUCAUAAUGAUCUUUAUCUUUUUUUUUCCAAUGGCACGUCACCUGGUAGUUUUAUCUGCAGAGAUAAUUGAGCCAGAAGCUCUUGUUAUGCGUCUGUGCCCUGCUCACUAUAAGUGUGUCAUGUCUGGCUGUCAGCUGUGUGUAAUUAGGCCAAAGCAGCCAGCUCUGAUAUCAUAGUGAUGGGGUAAUAAACAACACAAUAAUCGCUUUCUUUGGAAGAGCUCUGACGUAAGCUGUCUGAUGUGUUGAGAGUUCCUCUGUGCAGUUUGUUUAUACUUACGCAGUUUAACAAGAGGGUUAACUGACUAGUUAAAAGCUCUUUAUAAAAGGCUCUUUCAGGCCUGCCAGCCCUUCUCUCCCUGGUGACCACAGUAAUCAGCACCUUCACCAUCUGAACCCAGCCUGAGAACACACUACACAUUUUUUGUGUGCUUGCAGAUCGGCUUAACGCGAUUUGGAUGGGCUGUGUGUGUUAGGAGAAGGACUAAAGGCUCCACUAUACUCGAUCUGAAAUUGAAUUUGGUAUUUUGUUAGAAGCCUUUAAGUAUGGCCCGGCAGCACAAAUGCCAGGGUUUUCACUGGGGAGGGUGACGUGUGUUAUCCAUGGUGAAGAAAAUGAAUCUCAGCUAUGAAAUCCAGAACAAAGGCUGUAUGAGCUCAGAAGAACAAUACAGAAAGACAAUGACUCCAAACCAGACCUUAUCAAACAGACUCAGAGAUGGAGAACUGAGAAUGCGCUCAAAUCGUAAGUUGUUGGAGACAGUGCAUUGUAGAACAAUGAAUGGAACUGUGUAAACAUUUUUAACAUCUACACAACUAAGAUGUGGUAACCUAUCCAACCUAGACAACAUCUUCAACCACGUGCUCGGUGCAUGCAACAAUGAAUGGCAUGCUACACAUCAGAUGUUUUUUUUACCCUCAGGAUGAUAAAUGUCUGCGGCUGUUAGAGUUGGUCCAUCAUGUCGACAUCAAUCAGACUGUGAAUCCUAAGAAUCCACAGUCAGCGGUGAAUCAGAGGAGGAUGCAUUCCUGCCUCUGGAGCUGAUACACUUGCUUGCCACAGGCCUCAUUUUUGUGUUGUUGAUUAAUAUAAAUGGAGUAGCAAUGAUCAGCAUCUGCAAGGCUCAAGAGCCAAGGGCCUCCAGUCAAAUAAAAAGGAUGACUCACAAACAGUUAACGAAAUUCUUUGCCUAAAUUUAACUCAUUCUUUAAAACCCGCUCACACAAAAAGUAAGUUAGUAUUAAUUCUUCAAAAACAGAUUGGUGCAGUCGACAGGACAGGACAGUGGAUAGAGCAAGAAGUGGGGAGAGAGAGAGCUUAGAGGGACAUAUUGGAGAAGAGCCAGAGGCUCGAAUGGAACCAUGGCUGUGCGUGGGGCGCUGGGCCAGUGACGCCCUAAUCCAUUGAUUUCUAAAGCACAGUUUUAAAGUCAAACAAUGGGGACUGCCAUAUUGGAAAUGCUGACUCACUUGAACUUUCAGACAACAUAGCAAGAAGCAAAGAAGCAGACUUGAGGCAGGUCUUUGGCUCGCAGUUUCAGUGUGCCCUCCCGUGUGUCGUGCCAUCCUGUACCCCUCACAGAUGUUACAGGCACUUAAAUUUGCAAUUUAGAAACUGCCAGUGCUGUUACUGAUGAUUUUGUUGGCUUUUACAGGUCUCGAAGAGGCGUCAGUGCUAAUUUCACGUUUCAUACUCAGCUAAAAAACUAAUGCUGUAUGCUGUCAUGCAUUUGUAUACAUCGGUAUACUGAAUUUUGCUCAGUUUUUCUUUAAUCUGUCUGGGUCUGUCAGAAUCCAGCCUAACAGUAAAUAAUACAGUUUGUGUUGCCAAACAAAAACUGUGCUCUGUGUGCUGCAAUACGCCUCAAAAAGUGUAGCUUACUGUGUCAAGUGCACUGUCUGACUCCCUAUACUCAGUAGUGAUGCUAAUGCAGUCUAAAUGAACCCUGUAUAAGAACUUAACAGUCCACAUACCGGCUAACUUGAUGGUCUAGUGCGUGUUACAGCUGAACAGCUGAAGACACCUGGCUUGUAGACACUUCGAGACAUCUUACACUCGAAUGUAAAAUCAAAAUAAUGUUAUCAUGAGUGAUGCUGUGAGAUGGGCUAUCAUAUUUUAUUUAUAUUGGUUGGAUUAGCCUGUAAGCUAUUUGUGCUCCUAGCAUUGUGAGGGCCAUAGUUGUGCGUGUGCUCACGUCUGUGAGUUGCAUAAAAUAGGUUUGUGCCGAGUGUGGUGAUUUUGAAAGCAGCUGGUGAGAUGAAUGCUGACUCAUUGCUGUGGGAUGGGGCUGCGCGAGAUAAGGCACCCCUGUGUGGUUGCAUUUGAGAGGGAGAGAGCUUGUGUUUGUGCGAGUGUGUGUGUGUGUGUGUGUGUGUGUGUGUGUGUGUGUGUGUGUGUGUGUGUGUGUGUGUGUGUGCAUUCAGCCCCCUGGUAUGGCUUGUUAUGCCCCUGUCUCCCAUCGUAAGCCUCAGAGAUGAGGGCAAUGACAGGGGUUUUUAUUGAUCACAUUCAGUUUUGGCACAAAGGCUUUUAUGCUGCUGUCAGCUAGCUUUAUAGCCAGACCUUAUUGGCUGGUACAGCCUGCAGACUUCAGAAGAUUCACUGUAUCUGAGUGUGUUUGUAUAAAGCUGAACUCUGUCUUUCUUGAUACACUUUUCAGCCUUUUUCACUGUUUGUCUCACUCUUGUGUGAACAUGAGGCCUAGAGGGUAAGACUGGAUUGAAAAUGUGUCAAAGAAGCAACUGCUGCUCAUGUCAAAAACAAAGCUGAAUCUCCUUUCAGAUGCUCUAGCAGAGCAGGAGUUGCACACCAUUGACUGUGACAGACGAAAACAACUGAGGAGAGUCUGUGAGUGUGGUACAUCCAACUGCACUGCAGUCAGCAGUUCAGUUUAGCUGAGCUCAAAAGAAAAGGAUAGAAAAAGUUUGCUUUGAAUGUGAUUUAUAUUUAGCUGUCAAACCUGGAAGAGAGACAAGGGAGUACUCAAAAAGAGUCUUUUGGCUUCAAUUCAAAUUUCCUGCUUUUAGAUCUGCAUUAAUUAACCAUCGUGAGCAAGGAUCAGUUGCUUUCCAUAUCAACAGGUAUUAUAUUAUAUUAUAGGGGUCAGUUACAACUUUGGUCUGCUGCUCAAACCACAAAUAGGAUUUCAGUCUGUUAGAAACACUGUUGCAUAACUUUUGUCACCAUACACAUUAUUACUGAUGUAGUUCAAUGCGAAAAAAAAAAAAAAAAACUAAAACAAUGUCCUAAAUAAAAAAAAGAAUUAGCAGGCCUAUGAAUUGGCCCAUUUCAAAACCCUGACAAGUACGUCACUUCUGGAUGAAAAAUUAACAAGAUGGCCUCAAACUAGAAUAAAAUAAAAUGUCAUGUUUGCUGUUUCAUAACAGAAUAGUUGGUGGAAGUUAUUGUUGGGAAAAAUGUGCUCCAAAAACAAUACAAAGUUAAAAAAAAAAAAAAAACUCCCUGUUUCGGUGUGUGGUAACAGUAAUGUGUCAGUAGGUAAUUUUAACUUGCAGUGUUUGCCACAGAUGUUGUUAAAUUAAAUAAGAUAAGUUGACUUCAAGCCUGAAGUUUCUUAUGGCAGUGAAACCCCCCCCCCCAGAAGACGUGUGGCAGAUUAACAAUACCGUGUCGUGAUAUGGUGACAAAUAUAACUGGGGGACAGUCAAGCUAAUGUUUAUUCUGUUGUCUUUAUUUUACACACAGGCGUACAGAAAUUACCAAUGGUCUACCUCACAGACCGUUGAUGACCAUUGAUGCUAGGAGCGGUUGUGGUUGUUUUUAUCAUAACAUGUGAUAACAUCAGUCUGCCAUGUUGAAUUUUAUUGGCCAAUGCUACUUAAAAACUGAUAAAUGUAAAUCAAAAUCAGUUGUAACUAUUUCUGUUAAUUCAGCAUAGUUUCCCCUAUGUUCCCUUUUUUUCGUUUGACAUUCAUUUGCAGUUUAUGUGUGGCUUCAGCAAAGGCUUUGUGUAAGCUUCAUCAUGUGUUAGGUGUAAACACUUUAGCUAAUACUCUUAGCCUGCAGCAACACCCCCAACUUCCUGCUUUAUAAGCUGAUGAAGUAAUGUGAUACUGCCGUCACAUUGUCAGCCUUUCUGUGAUCACAUUAACAAACACAUCCUGUGGUGCUGAUGUCCACCCCUCACCCGUCAUUGUCUCUUUUACAUGCGUUCAUAUGUGUUCAACUACUUGCCUGUAUUGUUUACAGAUGUCUGCAGAGGGCUCAGGACUGACAUUUCAGAGACUGUGAACACCUUAUGUUUGUGGUCUUUGUUUCCUUUAAGAGCAUUGUCAGCACAGCUCAGUUUAUCCAAAGUACAGCCAAGGCAAGCAGACAUUUCCUGAACAGGAUAUGAUCACAUUGAGGAAGACUUACAGACACAAUGGAGCGUAUAAAAAAAGCCCACGAUGAUCUAGAGGAAUUUUUAGUAGUUGUAAUGUAUCGUCAUCAAGCUGUUCUUACAGCAGGUGUUCAGACGGGGGAUUUUGCAAUGUCAUCAUGAUGCCUGUUUGCAGCCAUUGCUCUUCCAUACACUAUAGCUCUGGUAUGUGGGCAUCAUGUCAGCACAGCUGGGCGCAUGAGUUUAAAAUAGUUUUCAUACUCUAGCUGUCUGCAGGCUUAAGCCACAUUUUCUAACAGUCAUAUCACAGCUUUGGUGGAAAUAAAGCAGUAAUAUUCCCAGACCACAGAUAUGCAACAGGUUAAUUUUACACAAUAAAGUGAUCAGACUAAUUAAAGUGAUAAUCCACCGAAUGUGUGUUUUUAAGUACCAAAUACUCAACACUCAAGCAGGCUUAAAAAGAAACCGUUAACUGUUUCCUCAUUUAAAUAAAAAGAGUCUGUGGUUUGCUAGUAGUUUCGUCGCUGUAUUUUAGCUGUUGUUGAACCUGGCAGUGGGUGUUUUCACGUGUGACCAAUAUGAAGAUUUAAUACCGAAAAGCCUCAGUCUUUACCUUUCGUGUCUGUAAACUUGCUUCACUACACGCACAAUUGAGUCAACAUGCACAACCGGGGCAGUUCUUGCCCAAAUCAGCAUUGUUUACAUCAGAGUUGGAAAACUAUUGAUUAUUUAUUUGUUGCUAAAAUGCAAAUACUUCUGUGAUUGACAAACAUUUAUCCACACAUUUCACAUUGAGCGGUUUGAAAAGUUUAGAGGUGGGAUUUAUUUUUGGAACUUGUUUUAAUUUCAAUUCACAGCCAUCCUCGUCUAGGACCAAGCAGGCUUACAUUAGUGUGUCAUAAAGUACCCCGCAUUAUGAUUCACUGACAGUUUUUGGGAGAAAUCUCGAAUGUAAAAUCUACCCCUCCCAAACAGUUUUCCCCUCAGCUCCUCCUCUCCCCUCCGUCUCUGCUCCAGCAAGCCCCGCCCACAAACAGAUGCUCGUCCUCGCUUGUAUCAUUUCAGUUAAAUUCAGAUAUAAUGCAGAUAAUUACUUAAGAUAAUUACAAAUGGAGCCAAGUCAACGUGAAAGUAAAAAGCAUUGGUGCUACUGUAGAUGCCAACAGACUACCAGCAAACACAAUGUUUGCAGGACUUCUACAACUAGGAUAAAGUGACAAAGUCCAGGACCUGAGCUAAACAGUUUAGCGGCGCUACAACACACAGCAGGUCCCCUUUUAACAAGAAACACUUCUGUUACACUUGGCUUACUUUGUUAAAGCGGUUUACCUGUCCAGCUGAAAGGUUACAGGGUCCGAAAGAUCCCAAAGUGUCCCCUAUUAUUGUUGACCCAGCCUUUUUACCUCUUGUCCGGGUGUCUACCUCCUUUUUAAGCGCCGGUUAUUCCGACCGGAGUCUCCAGUAUUUACUUUGUUUUCUUGCUUGUGUUGGCAGUCCUGGCUAAAGGAGGAUUCAGACAGUUUUCUUUACUUUUUGGUUGGUUUCUACUGUCUGAUAUUGUAGCACGCUAACUUUAUUUGGGCUCCUGAACGACAUGAGGGAGCAGCGUCUGCCUCACAACCAAUCAGCACUAGGGAGCAGCGUCCACCUCGCAACCAAUCAGGAUGGGGUAGUCGGGGAAUGGCUCUGUUUACAGUCAGAAAGAGCGGAGCGCUCUGAAAUUUUGAAAUUCGUGAUAUUACCAAAUGUCAUCAAUGGCUAAUAGAUAUCGCCUGAUAUUAAAAGCUUCUUUUUAUAUACACCACAAAAAAGAUGCGUCUUUAACGGAUUCCUGCCUAGCCCACCUUUUAUCCCCAUUUCACCUCGACUCUCUUUACCUCCUGUCUCGCUUGUUGUUCUUGAGGUUAAUGACAGUUGUUACAGCCCAGCUGACUCAUUCAUGUAGGAAGGGGGGAAUAACCUAAACAACCAACACCAGCUUUGCUCCUCUCUCUUCGAUCCUGCCCGGCACACACAAAGCCACACCCUGCUCUAAGAAUUAACCGCAUUUCUGCUUAGGGUACUUUUGAGUCUUGAGUCUGACAAGCUACUUUCAAGGAAGUACAAGGUCCCUCAAGCUCAUUAAUGCUUUCCUACUAAAGGUACAACCAAAUACUGGUAGAAAAGUGAAAUGUAACUAUGAUACACCUUUGCUUUUAUUUAUAUAGCUUAAAAACUAGAUAGCUAUAACUGAUAGUGAAACUUCUGCGACCUGCUUUCACUGAUGCAGUGAGAGACUUAAUGACAUCUUGCUUUGACUAUCUUUUAUCCAACAUGACAGAAAUAAAUGCUGUUCUUGUCCUGUGUAAAAGGCUUUAUUUACCAGACUGCCAUCUUUUUUUAAAAACCUUACUAAUAAGUGUUAAUGUGUUACUGACUAACUUGUGAUUGUUUCACGUCAUUGACUCCUAAAUUACUCGAUUAAAUUUACAUUGGUCAUGUUUAGAGCUCAGUCAAGACACCUCAGGGCAGAACAUGGCGAAACCAAAAAAUAACACAAUCAAACCACUUCCUGCUGCAAUGUUCUUCAAAAUGCUACAAUUCACAAUCCGAAACUCUUCAUACCCUCUGUUAGUCUCACCAGCCAAAAACAGAGACCUUUUUGUCAGCACAGUUAUGUCCCUUGUUCUCAAUAUAGAGCCUGGACCCUGUAAGAGAAAGUACAGAAUUUCUCCAAAAAUCCCUGAGGACGUUUCGGAUGAUGCAUUUUUUUCCUCCUCUUUCAUUUUCGUCCCCAGCUGUAGUCUGUGUGUGUUUUCUUUUUUUUACAUGGUUGAAAGGAGUGGCUGUUAGAUAAUCAGUAGACAGUUUCAACUUUUAAAGUUGUUCUGGCUCUUCAGUUGAGAUGUUGAAAGUGGAGGAGUAGUGCAGUACCCACGGAAGGCUUCUGUUAUUGAUCUUACCUUUUAUACAAUCACUCUUCUAUUUUUCUGUUGGAGAAAAAAAAAACGUGCAUUUUUAUCAACUGUCAUGUCAGCUCAGUUUACAGACUUGAAUGUUUAAAAAGUCACAACCGGAAGAGGAGGGUGACCUGGGCUUUAUGAGAUAAAAGUGUUUAUUUGAGGUUACAGAAAGGUCUGACCCAGCAUGUGGACAUGCAGGCAGUUAAUGAAGGAGCUCACUUAACAGCAUUAGAGUGAACCUGGCCUAAUCCCUGACCUGGCUGUGUGAUCCUUUCAGUUGCAUGACACAAAGGUUUGUUACAUGAAGGAGAAUCAUCUGCAAUAUCCAGUAUACACACCACAAAAAACUGUAGUGAGUGUGUAAGAAUGCAUGAGCAGGAAAAGAAAGAUGAAGGAGCAUUCAUGCAGACCACAAAAAAGGGUGUGCUGAGUAAAUAGAGACCUCUGUUCUGCACUGAGGAGCGAAACACAUCAGUGCCUUUCUUAACUUUUCAGUGGUGCAUGAAUAAGGUCUGAAAUAAAAGUCCCAAGACACAAACAACAAAAUCAAUAGGGCAGAACAAAAUUUGUGAAGGUCAGGGUAUUUGUAUUAAGCCUGUAACUAAUAAUUAUUUAUUCAUCUGUUCGAUUUUUCUUUUUGAGCUUUUUCAUGCCUUUAUUUAGGGGACAGGACGGCAUACAGAGCAGAAAAUGUGGAGCAUGAAGUGACACGCAAGAAACCAGAUCUGGCAAAGGUUUCUGUUUUUGCCUAAAAAAUUAGUUCAAUAUGAAUUCUUAAAUAAAAUCACCUUGUCUUUCGCCUCUCUUAUUUAUCACUAUUUUUGUCCUUUGGCUCUUUGCUCUCUGAUGCACAGUUAGCAUUUGACACCUUACUUUGAUGUGUGCUUUCAGUACACUUUGGACACCUUUGCUUGUUGUUUUUCGUCCCAAUGUGUGAUUUAAAUAAUGCUGACAGACAUAAUGAAAGGCUGAACGUGUAAUAAACCAUUAUUCUCUAUCAGUCUGUUCAAACUUAAGACAGGAUAUUGUUUGUGAAUUCUUUGCUUCACUAAAUUUCUUAUCCUGUGCUAUUAGAAUCAAAGUCAAGUAAAAUAGUAAACUAUCUUUUAAAAAACUCACCUGUAUGACACUAACAAUCAAAUCAUACAGUUAAGUAUUUGCAUUAUGUACAUAUUUGAAAAGUCGUGUAAGGUGGGGUUCCUGUAUAGUGGCUGUGCUGCAGCAGUUUGGACAAGCUGCUGGGAAACACUACCACCUACUGUCUGCUGCUCUACCCCACAAUAUGACUGGAAACAUUGUCAGCUUGAAAUUAGUUAUUGAUUACAUCAGUUAUUGACAAUAGCAUUAGUGUUUCCACCCUGCAGGCCUCAUAUUUGACUGACGUUAUUUCACCGUCAAACCAGGACUGUGUGUACAGUUGUGAAACUCUUAGUCAACUGACUUCUUUCAUUCUGUGUUGACAGACUCACUGACGUACUAAUGUUUAACUGUAUUUCACUUUGAAAUCCUAUCCUUCCACAUCAUUAUUACAAACCUGUGGUCAUGUAAUGAGUGUCUAUGACAUUAUUAUAGUUUAAAUUGAGCUUGUGGUCCACUGUUGGCCUUUGUUUUCUUCGAUUGAGUUCACCAAAAAAAAACAAAAAAACAAAACGAGAGCAAGGGUCUUCAGUUUUGUCUUGAAAAUUUAGCUGACAUGAUUGAAAGAGGAACCAAAAAUAUGAGUGGGUUGUGUUUCCUUUUCCUCUUCAAUAACUGUAGAGAGAAAUAAACAUACGUUUUGGCGGUGAGGUGUUCUGGCGGUGGUAAACCAUCAGGAUGUGUUUCGAGUAUUUUGUUCUAAUUUCCAGGGGGUGUCCCUCUGGUGUCUUCUCACACUUACAUACUCAUUUUGUCCCACUGAGUGUUAGGCAUAGUUUUUGUAAGAUAAAAAGUGUAAGUCUGACACUGUGUUUGUUUUCUUCCUCUUUCUACAGGAGCAGAUUCAUGUACCCAUCUACCACCCUACACCCAGCCAAGCCCGGCUGGCAACUCAGCUGACUGAGGAAGAGCAGGUCCGCAUUGCCCAGCGAAUAGGACUCAUCCAGCACCUUCCUAAAGGCGUGUACGACCCCGGCCGGGACGGCUCAGAGAAAAAGAUCAGAGAGUGAGUACAGAGCCCAGGGGUCCGUUUCACGUAGGUGGUUCAACAAACUCUGAGUUAAAUCCUUAACUCUGAGUUAAUCUACUCUGAGAUAGGAAACUCUGAGUUUCCGGUUUCACAACACCUGAUUUGAGUCAGUUUUAGCAACUCCGAGUAGUUUGACAUGGAGUUAAGCACGUGCACACCAGAUAUAAACAGCCAGCAUCUGUGGAGCCCAGAUUCAUUGAUCAACCAAUGGAAACAGGGAGAAGGAGGGGGCAGCAGCAAGCCAACGGCGAAUUACAUCACGUUUUUAAAAGAAAGUGCAAUACAGCAGCAGCUGCAAAGGAGAGGGAGAGGGCAUGGGAGGAAAUUGCUGCUCGCGUCAAUGCGUAACUUUAAAUCUAGUCGUGUGCAAUCACAAUGACAGACUGUUGCAGGGGAAACUGCUUGCAUGGAGCAAAUUUAUUUAUUUUAUGUAGGUGCAAUCCAGCGGGACAAAAACGCACUUGGCAGCAGCUGAAAAUUAAAUAUAAAAACAUUGUGCAAACAGGUGAGACAUCCGCAUUUUCUCAUUUUGAUCAUGUUUUACAUUGUCAAGUAAGUAUUAAGUGGCAGUUUGAUCCCUUAAAAAAUUCUCUUUUCACACUCAAAAAUGAAUUUUACUGUCUUAUGAUGUUCCAUUAAAUAAUUAGGAAUAUUAAACUAACACAGACUUUCACUCAGCAAACAGAAAGAGGGCAGAUGCCAGAAAAACCGGUAGUGGCCCAGCAGCCCCACCUUUAACGAAGGCAGAGGAGCUGUAAUGUUUAUCAUUGUUUUCUGUGAUUUUUAUCAGCUGUUUGGUCGUUCAGGCUGUAACGAGCGUCUUUAUUCACCCUCACAGGUGUGUUAUCUGCAUGAUGGACUUUGUGUACGGAGAUCCCAUCCGGUUCCUGCCUUGCAUGCACAUCUACCACAUGGACUGUAUAGACGACUGGCUGAUGAGAUCCUUCACCUGCCCCUCCUGCAUGGAACCCGUGGACGCCGCGCUGCUUUCCUCCUAUGAGACCAACUGACAAACACACACACACUCACUCACUCACUUACAGCAGACUGAAUACACACACACACACACACACACAAUACAAUAUGCACAUAGGCAUACACACAACUUCCAUCUUGCUAACCUGUUUGUUGGAUUAGUGAGGUGGCCUUACAAAGCAGAGACAGUUGAAAGGAUUCAAAAAGAUUUAGGACGCUGUGUGUGUGUGUGUGUGUGUGUGUGUGUGUGUGUGUGUGUGUGUGUGUGUGUGUGUGUGUGUGUGUGUGUGUGUGUGUGUGUGUGUGUGUGUGUUUGAGUGCCUCAAAAAUUCUUCAGCUGGCCUGCUGGACAGGAUCGGAGCGAGAGGAGCAAAGCUGGUGGUUUAGAUGAAAAGGAAGGAGCUGGAUCGCAAGAAGAGGAAGAGAAUAAUGGGAGGAAGCUUAGGAGAACGGAUGAUGGUUAACUGAUAUUAUUUAGAAACCUUUAUAAGAUCUGCUUUUUACACACAUGGACACACAAGCGAGCCGAGCUGCACUUUUUCAAUUUCCUCUCCAUCAUUAAAAUGAAUGACAGAAUGCAGGAAGAAGGACCUCUGCCCACCACCAAGAUCAAGCUGCAGACUGUUAGUCGGACUGUUGAAGCCUAAAUAUUAUAACAUCAAUCUACAAGACAGAGGGAGUGAAAUUCCAGAUGCUUUAGUGUGGCUCCACACAGCUGUCUGCUCCAGAGUCAUAUCUGCUGCAAAACUGCUACACAUGCAGAUAUACAAUUUAAAGACUGCCAGAGAUGGACAAAAGACUAGAUAUCACUUGUUCUUGGCACCCAGGCCUGAAGCUGUAUAGAUGUCCUCUGAGAUGAAUAAGUUUGAUAGGUGGAUUAAUCGAUUGUCCUGUGGCUUUGUGAAAAUCUGUUUCGUGUUUGUUUUGUCAGUCAGCAUAAGGGCUCUGUGGAACCAGUGUCUACCAACAGCACGGACAUGGCAAAAUGUAAUACAGUAUUUCAGCCGCUGAUGUGAUGGAUGGCUAUUGCUGUCAAAAUGUUGACUUGGUCACAAUGAGAUUUCAGACUCUUGUAAUCGAUUGAACAGUACAUUAAGACCAGUUCACACAAAUCAGAGAUAUUUGCACUUCUUAAUCAGACUUGUGACAAGAGUUGACCUUGUGCAUUCAGCAACUAUAUCAAAAUGAUGUGUGUGAUUUACGUUUCCUAUUUACUCAUUACCAUUGCACUGAUUUAUUAUUGGAUUAUUAUGUUAAUCAAAGAAAUUAAGAAAUCUUAAAUUUGAUGGCCUUGUUAUUUUCUAAAAGAAUGGUUUCGUAAUUACAGAACAAGAACUCCAGUACAAUGACGCAAAAGACUGGCAGGUGCUGCGAGAAGGACACAGGUCAUAAAGACCUAAAGAUGGAUAUUUUGUGGGUCGACGUAACAGAAGAUGCUUAAUUAACUAAUUAAUGUGAACAGAAUGAGUGUUUUUUUUUUUUUUUAUGCUGACAUACUUCUCCGUAUAGAAACCUAAAAAUGAUAUUUGUUUUUAUUUUCCCUCACAUCAGUUCAAGGCCUCAAUCCAAAUGACCUCACGAGGUUGUAAAAUGUCUUUCAUCCAAGUCACCAAGUUUACUAUAAAAGCACAAAGUAGUACAAUUAUUCAGUCAUGUUUUGCUUCUCCCUGCUAAUUUCGGCCAGUGAGUGAGUCAGCAAGAUUUUGAAUUAUGCAGGAAAUGAUAAAUCACAUGAUUUCCCCAACAUGAUGCAGAUCCAACACAGUUUGCAAAAAUGCCUUUUGUUGUCUGUUUGUGUGUUUUUACCAGGGUGUGUGUUUGUACCUGGCUCUAUGGCCUUUGUGUGUAUGUUGCUGAAAGAUCAGGUGGUGGAGAUGGCAGUCUGCACCUUAAUCUUUGCACAGUACUUUAAUCUAUGUAACUUUUACUGUUGUACAUUGUCCUCCAUCAGUGAGGUGGAGCCUCAUGGCCUUGGGUUACACAUGAUGAGGGUUUGAAUCAGCUGCUAAAAUCAGAGAAAUCUUUGCGUAAUCUGCAAGAAACAAUGAGGGGAUUGGACACAAAACUAUUUUGACUGCCAAUGCUGCUGCUGAGCUGUCCUUGUACAUGUCAUGUCAAGUAGACUACAAAUGGUGUGUCAAGAAUAAUGUUCAGCAACAUUGUCUCUGAACUAAUAAAUAAAAAUUGUAAGUGGUUUGUUGUGUCUUCAUUUUUUUCUCAGAACAAAGUUGUAGGAGCGGAUAAUGAAAAACAAUCAAGUUUUGUUAUCACUGUUUUCACAUGGGGACUUGUGACUUUUUUUUAGUUGGAACCUUGUGUCUGUGCAGGUGCUCCGCCCUGAAGAGGGAACAAUUUUUUUGAUUGCACAAAUGCACUGAAAGUUUGGAGCAUGUUAUUUGUCUUGUUUAAUUGUACACUUUUGGAGCCUAUGGAAGUUAAAAAAAAAACCAUGCCGUUUCAGCAAGGUUAUCUCAUAAAGACUUUCAUUCAUCAGAUGUAACUUUUUACAUGCAUCAGCCAUUUAACCCCGGUUCAGCAGUACCUCAGUGGCAUUAGCGUCGAAUUGACCUCUACAACAGUUGCCUCAUUGUUCCUGUAGCCAGGAUAGCACAGCUAGUUCUUAUAAGUGGAAACAUUGGAAAAAACAAUGGGCAAAUAUGUGCUGCAGUAAAACAUUGUCAGAAGACCUUUUUAUAAUAGGUAGAGUAAAUAAUGUGAAUACAGAAAAAUUCAAAAUCUUUUAAGAUUAUCGUUCCAUGCACACUAAAAUGUAACAUACAUGUUUGUGCAAGGUGAAUAUUUUAUGGUUUAAUGAAAAGACUCAUCAUUUGGGUUAUGCCACAGAUUUUAGAACAGGGCUCAUAAUUAAAAAGUGCAUUGGUGAAUUUGUAUUAAACACUAGCCAGUGACUGUUUUAGAUUUGAUAUGUUGCAGUUGGUAAUUAGAAAAAUGUUUUUUUUUUCUUUUAGAAAAAACAACAUUAAACAAUACUCUGAUGCUGAUUACGUCAAAAUACUGUUAAUCUGUGCAUCCCCUAAGGAUACAACUGCCAGCCCAAUGAGAAUAUUUACACUUAUAGUCUCAUAACUUUUCAUGUUUUAAAAAAGGUAUUAAUAUUAUGUUGGAUAUCAAUACAAAAAAAUCAUUAAGUUUCAAAUUGUGGGGUAAAGACGUGUGUUGGAGUCAUAAGAGUCAUAAGAAAGAGGCAGUCAGUCAAAAUGGCAAAAAAAAUCAUUGGAGAAUUAUGUGAGAGGAUCACAAGAUCUACUGAAAUGGUGAUGUUACUAAUAGGCAUCUCCGCUGAAGAGCAUAAUAAACUUACCAAAUGGAAAUUCCUUAUUCUUUGAUGCAGAGUGUUUUUUUCCCUGGUCCUUUGCAAAAACCUUGGGUCAGGGCCAGAUUUGAAUUUCAAAACUUAGGCCAUAUUUCAAAGUUUCUCAUUUAAGAUUGAGAAACACUAGUUAAUUCAUGACAAUGGCUUUGUAACAUGGCAGCAGUAGAGGAGGAUUCUGGGGUACUGGGGGUCUUGAGGAGACCAAAUGAGUGUUUUAGAGAGAAGCUGAAAUAAGAAUUUGCUAAAACACCAAUCUGAGAAAAGUAAACAAUUACUCAACUAUAGGGGGAGAAUGGGGUAAGUUGAGCCAAAGGGUAAGUUGAGCCACCCCCUGUUGCUUGGAAAUGGUAAAAGAAAUUGAUCACGUGACCAAAUAUUUAGGAGAUGGGCAUCAAUUCAUGGAGUCUGUGAAGGUUAGAAGCACAUGGGUGAAGGGGUUAGACAUUUAUUUCCAUUUUAAAAAAAAAAUUCACUCUUGAAAGAGAAUUUAGUCUGUCAGUUUUAUUAGAAUUGUGUUUAGACAAAAAAAGAUCAUUUUAAAUUUGUUUUAUACAUCAAAUGUGGUAUCUAUGAGCUACAACAUGAGGUCAAAAACCCAGCAUAAAAGUCCACCAUUUUAGCUUAGAGGACUAAUAAAGUCAUCAUAGUAGUUCUGGGGUAAGUUAAGCCAUUUGGCCAAGGGUUGACAGUUGACAGUUAUUAUCAAGACAGUUCUGUUUACACUCAUUCUGUUGGUUUGCAGGGAUCUUGAAAUAUAUGCAGAUACAGUAGUUACAAACCAAACUAUGAUUGCCCUGAACGCCAAAAGACUGUAUUAGGUGUCAACAUAGACUGUUUAUACUAUGGACAACUUGGUUUCUCCUACCGCCUGUUUACAGAUUUGAAGCCAUAUGAAAAAUGGCUCAGCUUACCCCUCUCUCCCCUAUAAUCAAAGCAAUCAGAUGGACAACAUGAAGCCUGAAAUUGAGCACAGUGCUCUGACAGUGCUGUACAGCUAACACAAGCCAUCACUGAGCUAAAGCGUCACUUGGGUUGCGCUUGAAAUGAUUAUAACCACCACUGAACUUUCUGGCAGAACCACAUCACUUUUUCCAUUUCAUGACUGGCAUUAUGCUGGCUGACUUAUCAUACAAGGCAAAGCAACAUAGGAAAAUUAUCCACACCCUCUUUUUCUUUUUUUCACAAAACCACCUUCCAGCUUUGGCUGUGUCCGAAAUGGAUCCCUUGCCCUUAUAUAGUUUACUAUAUGGGGGUUAGCGCCGUUUUGAGGGGUGUCCGAAACUUGAGUAAUCACUGCCAGUGCCCCAUAUAGGCGACUCAAAAUUUCCCAUAGAGCAUCGCAAAAUGUAGUGACCAUCCGACGGUCACUCACCAGUGGUGGGCAUCCCGGCAUGCAUUGUGUCUUGCCAUGUAGUGUCCGAAACAUCCAGUAAUUUAGCUAAAUACGUAGUCAGCUAUAUAGUGAAAUAGACUGUAUAUACAGUCUAUGGCUGUGUCCGAAAUGAAUCACUCAAUCCCUAACCCCUAAUCCCCAUAUACUAUAUACAGUGUAUGGCUUCCAGUCAGACACUGCAUGACUUGUGUUGAACCCAUACAUACACCCUUGUGGUAUAUCAAAAUAAACCAGAGUAUCAUUCCAAGUGGGCGGUAUGUGAUUGAGCAGCUCGCGUUUCUCUCAACCCCCUUCACUUCAGAGAGGAAACAGGAACUUUUAGUAAUUGCAGACGGUCACAACUUCUGAUAAACUGCACAAAGGCAUGCCUCAUAACGCCUUAUUCUGGUUCUUCCUCUUUUUGAAGACGGCGUGUUUACCCGCCACACUAGUUUCACAUGUGUGUUAUUGUCUCCCUUUUCAAAGAGUAAAUAAUUGUCAUAUGAGAUACUGUAAAUGACUCGUCUGGUUCCACAGUUAAGAUCUGGUACUCUUCCUCUGACUGUUGAAGUUCGUAGGUUUCAGAGGAAAACACGUGAGUUGUGCGAUUUGGAUGGUUUCAUUAUAAAACUAGUCAAAAGUCUGGAUUAUUGAGGCAGCAAGAUGAGCAGAAACUAAACUGGCUGUUCAAGUUUGAUGUGUUCAAGCAUGAAAAGAGGUCAUGCUUGAAAAGAGGUCAAUAUCAAUGUCAAUAUCAUCUCUUUGAUUAGUACUUGUGUAUUAGUGUUUACACUGUUUUGAUGUUAUUCUUCUGUUCUAUGAUAAUGACUUGGUAAGCACUCUAACCCUGGGAUAUGGGAGUUCACUGUGUACUGUCAGUCCAUGUGAGCUGUGCAUAUAAAUAUAUGUGUGACACAAUAAUAAAAACUUAAAACUGCACAUAAAAUAGAGCAUGAUUGCACAUCACAUUUCUGAGCUGCCUUACACAUUAUUGAUAAGUUUGGUUCGUAUUGCAGAAUCAGUUAGUGAUAGUUUAUUUGCCUUGUGCUCUCAGUUGUCUCAGAAUUGUUUAUUUGUUUUGAACAAAUGAACCAUAAAAUGCCCCCCUGUUCAGAUGGCUUAGAGUAGGAUCCGCAAUUUGUUAUCUGUAUUUCAAAAUCAGACUUCAUGAACUCUGUUGCUUUCAAGGUCAGAGCCACAGUCACAUAAAUUCCCCUGAAAGGCCCUGAAAGUGCAUGAGACAGCAGGCCUGAUUUCACAAAGAAACCACAUCAUGUGUUAGAGAGAAGUGGGGAGAAAUGCCAAGAAAGAAAAAAAAGAUCUGAAGAUGGAAAACCCCUGACUGCACACUUUUGAAAUUUAGGUUCAGCUGCAGAAAGUGAUUAACAAAUUAACAGAAUUUUGAGAGCAUCAGUAUUGUCUGUAUAUAUGCAUCACAUAAAAAGACACACUGUAUGAUAUGGUAUAUCUUGAGAGGGUUUUGUAAUCAGAAAAGGCUUUACAGCAAAUGAAAACACAGUCACAUUAAACAAAAAGACGUUUAUUGUAAAAGAUUCAAUCAAAAAACUCACCAACGGUAUCAAGCUGUGAGCGAGAAACUUAUGACCUUUGGUUUCCCUGUGGAUCCAACACAUUCCAGAGACCGUGACAACCGGCUGUGACUCACUGACUUCCCCAGAAGUGUGCACUGUAUGACCAUCGGUUCCACAGUUUUACCAAAAACUGCAUCUACAAACUUUUACUAAUUCACUCCUUUCAAAGCUGCAUGUGAAAGCUGUGACACUGGGCUCUUGUGAGCUAACAUGCUUACAGUGCAGAAUGAGACACUGCUCUCUGCCCAGGCGUGACUCAUAGAUAUUUUAGCACUGAAGGCCUACCAUUCAACCUUUAACACAGCUGUACACAAUAACAGUUGGGACUUUCAGUUGCUUGAGUUCCAACCCUGACUGUAGGCCGUUGGAGAGACAUCUAUUUGAAUCUGUAACCGCCCUUGAAUGAUGGGGGCGCAUCAUUUCCUUUGCUUUCACACUCACCCUUAUCUUUCUCUCUUACACACACACACACACGCGCGCGCGCACACUCACGCACGCGCGCGCAAGGGUUAAAUGCAUUUGAAUACAUUUGUGAAUGGUGUCCGUUUAUGUUUGGACACCUUUCCUUUCUUUUCAGAUGAAAGCACCAAUGAUUUGUUGGCCAUAUUCAUACAAGUAGAGUUAUAAUCACUUUUUGUGUAAUAUUUCAGUUAUCAUAAUUGCUAUAUGGCGGCUAUAAAUUUGCAUAAUCUCUGAUUGUCCUUGAUGUUGUGUUAUCCUCCUCUGUUCUACUUUUUUUUGCAGAUGUCUAUCAAUGAGCUUGUUUGAAGUUGAGUUUCUUGUCAUUGUUGUCAAGUGUUAGUGCAUAUAAUAAUCUGUGCUACAAAGUGUAUACUCAACAUUACUUACUUUUGAUCUGGUACCAAUUAAAUUCAAUUUCAUGAUUGAUUACUCAUCUGUGUGGCUUAAUUUUGCACCCCCUAAACAAACCAAAAAUAUGAAUCCAACUCAUGUAGUGGUUCGUGCACUUUUACUGUUACCAGCAUCUUUUAAUGAGAAGUUCAAGAGGUCAACUCAGUGUAAUGCUCUAAUGUACUGUUAGCAGCAUAUGAAGCUUUAGGGUACAGUAUUUCUGAACAACUUGGUCUUAUGUAGGCUACUGAUGUUACAUGGAACUCCAAGACCACAGCGUCAUCCUAACUUUGGCUCAGUUCUGUAUUCAAAUCCAAUUCCCCAUAAGUUGGUAUGCUGUGUUAUCAAAAACAAAAUAUGAUGGUUUGUAAGUGGAAAAGAAAUGGAGCUCAGUCCAAAUUAAGAUUUGACAUUAAUUUUGGAAACCAUGAUGCUGUGUCCUCUACUUCAAGAAGGAGAGGAACCAUUUGGCUUAUGAUCGGCACACAGCUCAAAAGCCAGUAUUAGGGAUGCGUGUGCACAUCACGGGUAGUGCACUCAUCGGGGAAAACCAUCAACUGAACCACAAACAGGUUUGGGAGCAACUUGGACUGCCAACUUUUUCAGUGACAGGAUAUGACGCAUAGCAGUAGUUCAGGCAGGUCACGGAAUCAAGCUAAAGGCUACAGUCAGGUGAUCUUAAGCCAGCCUUCAGUCAGCUGACAGCUCAGGUAAUCACCCUCUUCACAUCCUAUUGGCUAAUGUCAAACUGGCGCCCUAUUUAAACUGCUUCUCCUGCCUACUCUGCCUGCUGCAACGACUCUGCAACCCACCUCCACCCCAACUCCUCCUGUUUAUGUUGUGUCUGAUCUUACCAGUGUCAUAUGUAUUGUCAUUGACACUUGUUUUGUUCUGUGCUGGGUUUAUUAUUUAUUUAUCUAAAUCAUAUUUAUUUGCUGCUGCUUCUCUGCCUGGCUCCUCAUGUAUGCAUAUGAAAGGGAGGGGAGGAGCUCUCCCCUCUUAGAGCCAUUCCGUGCAAGUGCAUGGAAGGGCGGGGAACCCUCAGAACAGAGCCAUACCACCAAAGUAAAAAUGUUUGCUUGUAAUAAAUAAUUAAUUUUGACUAAAGUGAUCCUAACUGAAAUUUCUUUGAGACAAUGUUAAUAAAAAUACUGCAUGUAUUACAACACCAUGGCUUUGUAAUAGAUUAAUCUUGAUUCCAAGCAUGCCUUCCUGAAGCCCCAAACUGUCCCCCAUUAUGACAGUUUGGGGCAUUAUGAGCAGUUAAACCCUUUUAUCAGGCAACAACGGGUUAAUAAAAACAUUUAAAAACAGUUUGUGUGCUGUUUUAUCUCUCUCUCUCUUCCUGCAGGUUUUCUCCACUGCAGUAGAGUUGUGGCAGGUGCGGCUGAUGAGCAGCAGAAUAUGUAAAUGUGGUCUCUCUUUACAUUCCCUCCUAUCAGCGCUCCUGUGUGGAAAUGGUUGAAGAGUGUGUGACUCAUGGUGUGGUUCAGUAGUGGCUGGACUGAGCAGGCCUAUGGUGGCAGUGGAGCCUGCAGUGCAUUUGCUGUUUUCCUUCAUUACCUUAGCCUGUCAUUUUUGUUGUUUUGGUGUUUUUCUCCGUCUAGUGCUUGUAUUAGGUUGGUUGUUUAACCUCAAAGAAUGAACUUUUCCGUUUGAUUAAUUACCCUGGAUGUCGUUACUUAACCCUGGUUCUUUUUUUAACCAUUGUCACUACCUUCAUCCGCCUUUACAUCUUUUGGUACAUAACAGCUUUCAGUGAAAUAAAGUUUAAAUGAUAGGAAAACCACCCAAAUCAACAUUUUCAACAGAUAAUCCUCAUAUUUGAAAAUUGAGUUGUAGUACUAAUACAAGAAGAAAUCUUUGGCACAACAAGCAAUGAAAAAGCCCAACAUCUGCCAAAUCCAGUCUGUUCGUUUUACUUUGCUUAUCUAGCCGAUUUUUUUCGCCAUGUUGCCUAUUGAAUUUUUUUUAAACUUUGAACCCAGUCUCAUCUUUUUUGACCACUAUCAUUGGGAUCUACUGGCGGCUGUCGCCACUGGACGCUCGAGCGUACACUUUAAAACACGAAUUUGUGUACGCAUGCACAAAUUGCACACCUGUCAGAGGACACACACGCGCUGGUCUGUUUUUGGAUGACAUUAGGCCUAAAACAAAACCGAAACUUGGUGGAGUCCCUACACUGCUGCCAAAAAUCUGUUUGUGACUCUCUUUUUCUCACCAGCCAGACCCGGCAGCAUGGGCGGGCAUUGGGGGGCCGUGUCCGCCCACCGAGUCAGCUGUGCUCGCCCUGGGCUAA